UGUUCGGGCUUAGUAUUUGGGCUGAGCACAUGUGGAUGUGUUAAACAGUUUUGAAUUCAGGGAUUAUCGCACGUUACGAACAUGCCCAAAGUUAAAGCAGAAAAGAAAAGCAGACAACACCAGGAUGUCAAAAGCCAAGGAAUUAUGUUCAACACCGGCGUUGGUCAGCACAUCCUCAAGAAUCCUCUUGUGGUCAACAGCAUUAUAGAGAAGGCGGCUCUAAGGCCCACUGAUGUGGUUCUGGAAGUUGGGCCUGGUACUGGCAACAUGACAGUGAAGCUGCUGGAGAAAGCAAAGAAGGUAGUUGCUUGUGAACUGGACACCAGACUUGUGGCUGAACUUCAGAAGAGAGUCCAGUGCACGCCUUUGCAAACAAAACUCCAGAUCUUGGUUGGGGAUGUUCUGAAGGCAGAGCUGCCCUUCUUUGAUAUCUGUGUGGCUAACUUGCCCUAUCAGAUAUCUUCGCCAUUUGUGUUUAAGCUACUACUUCAUAGGCCAUUUUUCAGGUGUGCAGUGUUGAUGUUCCAGAGGGAGUUUGCCUUGCGCUUGGUGGCUAAGCCAGGGGAUAAACUGUACUGCAGGCUGUCCAUUAACACCCAGCUGCUGGCUCGAGUAGACCACCUCAUGAAGGUGGGAAAAAAUAACUUCAGACCUCCACCAAAAGUUGAGUCAAGUGUUGUCAGAAUAGAGCCCAAGAAUCCUCCACCAUCAAUCAACUUCCAGGAAUGGGAUGGUCUUGUCAGAAUUGCAUUUGUGAGAAAGAAUAAAACGCUGAAUUCUGCAUUCAAGUCUUCUGCUGUGGAGCAGCUGUUGGAGAAGAACUACAGGAUUCACUGCUCUGUGCAUGGCAUUGAAAUUCCACAGGACUUCAGCAUUGCACAGAAAAUUGAGUGUGUUCUUCAAGAGGCUGGGUUCAUAGAGAAGAGAGCUCGCUCUAUGGACAUAGACGACUUCAUGGUCCUACUCCACGCUUUCAACUCUGCUGGGAUUCACUUUUCAUAAGGAACAGAAAACACAGUACAGCGAAGCCAAGACAUGGCCUGAGUCAUGGUUAUGCACCAGUGCAUUAUGUGGACAUUGACUGGGAGACCCCUGUACCGAGCACAGUAGAGCAGCUGUAUGCCCUUCUCUGAGUUCUUACAGAUGAACUCAGCAACUCAUAUGUGUUUGAUUUACUGUUCACCUGUGGUAAGGUAUACCCGUAUACCCUUGCCUGGAUUGAAAAUGAAGAAACCAUUUAUGCCAAAUUGCCCCCUGCAGUAUGUCUGUUCACAUUAUUGGUUGUUUUAGUAAAGCCUAUGAAUUCUUAGUCUGCAAAUAUAAAAAGUAAAGAUGAAGCUCUAGGCUAAUAGCCCAGAAGGGGUUUACUUACAGAGGGCAACUGUCCAGAAAAACUGAGCUGAUUCCUUUGUCUGAGACUGAGGCUUGUACAGUAUUUCUCCACAACUCAAAAAGCCCAUGUGCUGUAUGUAUAGGUAGGCGAAGGGAUGCAAUGCCCUCAUUAAUGUGUGGGAUCCUGCUCCAUGGGGUACGGUCAUGGGAACAAUAGCUGUGUUUGAAGACAGGGACGGCAAUUCUUCAGUAGUCCACAAGCACUGUAACCAUAAAGCUGUAAUAUGUGCUGCCAAGUUCCGAGAUUGGCUGCUGUAUUAGCAAGCUCUUGUUAAAAGAGCUCGUGAGCAUUACACAGUGCCCAGUCUUAGGAACUUAUUGAGUGUUCCAGGUAAGUUAGGAAAGCCUUCUUUUGAACAAUGACCUUGAUGUUGACAAUGGAAUUUGAUAUUUUUAACGAAAGAUGAAUAGAUCUGAUGAGUGACCCAUUGUAGAUGGUAUAUGUAGCACUGUAAAUCACCUUGAGUGAAUAAGGUGAGGGCUGCUGCUACUACAAAAUGUUCAUUAGAAGUCUCUUUGGGGAAAAGUGUCUGGUAAAUGAAAUAACAUAUGUAAAGUAAUGUAGAUAUGUCAAGUAGACAAGAUGGGGGUCAUCACAAGUUCUGAUGUUUUCAACAUUUGUUCAGUUUGAAUGCAGAAAGUUCUCCAACCUGCCUUUCCUCUGGGUUCAUGGCCCAAUUCCAAAGUAUAAAGUCGUGUCACUAAAUGUCCUUUCAGUUCGCCACCAGACUUUCUUGGGCUUCUGUUUGAUUUGGUAUUUAAUUAAGUACUCUUUGUGUUUAUCUUGGGUUUUAAAUGUGGGAAUACAGAUGUGAAAUGAAGUAAAUUGCCAGAUCAUCAGACCCUAACCACAAAAGCAGAGGUAGCCGUUGUCAUUCAUCCCUUUGAACAUUUAAUACCCUCUAUAUUAACAUACAGAAGGCAGACACUGCUGCUCCUAUUCUUCAUAGUUCAACAAUCAUUCAAGGUGCCAAAUGAAUCUAGUUUUGUGGAGUGUUGAGAAUGAUCUGUUAUUUUACCCAUUCAGUUACAUAAAUGUGUAUUGACAUUUUUAUCUGUUGGUCCAUAUGCUCCUUACUUUGUGGCUGAAAGUUAAAGACCAAUUGAAUAUCUUUCCUGUGUCUUAAUUGUGUGUGUCAACAGAGCAGGGAUUUUGCCAUUCAUCCAAGGGGAUGACACUUAGCCCUCAUGGUGUAGCAGCAGCACUGCAGAGCCUACUCCUCCCCGCACAUACCCAAGUCAUAGGUCUAUGACAUCUUGGAAUGCUUGCCCCAUCUCAGACAAAAUCCUAUGUAAAAGCUUGGCAGGAGACAAUGAGUGCCACGUGUGGCCAAUAAACACAAAUUAAAUUCUUUGUAAAGAAUGGACAU